GCUGAGGUAUACGUGGUGUGGGGGGCUGGAGUGGCUCAGAGUGGAGAUGGGACCCGAGCGAGAGAGCCGCAGCUAGCCCAGCUGCCUGGGCUCGGCCGGCGGGGAGGCGCGGGAGGAGGAGGAGGAGGAACAGAAAAGAAGAAUGAGCUCGUAUGCAGACAUCUGUGGGUCCAAGCAAGCACAAGGUAGUGCAGAGGGAGGUUACCAUCGCUAUGGAGUUCGAUCCUACCUGCACCAGUUCUAUGAGGAUUGCACAGCUUCCAUUUGGGAGUAUGAGGAUGAUUUUCAGAUCCAGAGAUCGCCCAGCAGGUGGAGCUCUGCAUUCUGGAAGGUCGGACUCAUCUCCGGGACAGUUUUUAUGCUGAUAGGGCUAACAGUUCUGAUGGUGGGUUUUCUUGUGCCACCAAAAAUCGAAGCUCUUGGGGCAGAAGAUUUUGUUGUUGUAGAUACCCAUGCUAUUCAAUUUAAUGGUUCUCUUGACAUAUGUAAGCUGGCAGGAGCAAUUUUAUUUUGUAUUGGAGGGACCACGAUGGCAGCAUGUCUGCUGAUGUCUGCAUUUGCAAAGAAUUACUCCAAAGAAGAAAAGUACCUUCAGCAAAGGUUUAAAGAGAGAAUAGCAGAUAUAAAAGCCCACGCACACCCAGUCACAAAAGCACCAAUGCCAGGAGACUCAAAGAUACCUGUCACUUUGUCCAAAGUUCAAAACAUCCAACCUUUAUCUGAAACCUGACAUUUUCCUUUUUAAUUUAUAAAUCACUUAAUUUGAAAAAGUCAGCUUGUGUGAGCAUCUGAUUUUUUUGUGUUUACAGCACAGCAGAAAGUGCUCUGCUCUAUAAGAAAGAUGCUGAUUGGAAACUUUAUCCAACAGAAAUUUAGAAUUGGCAAAAGAAUGAAGUUGGGUGAUUAAUGCUUUGAGCAGUGGAUUUAAGUGUUCAGAUAUGAAUUCUGUAUUUUAAAAGUGAACAGAUGACCACACAGAAAAACACAAUCAAGCAGGUUUAAUUUAUCAGAUUGUGUAGUUUGAGAACACUGAGCACAUUUAGACCAACUGUACCUUGGAAACCCUAAAAUAUGCUUUAUUUUAAAGUUUUUGGGAUUUUUUUUCUGGUCAUUUUUAAUAUUAUAAUGUUGUCUGGCUUCUUGUUACUUAACUCUCCAGUCCUGCUGCACAGGGAGUCUAAUCCUCUUCUGGAUUUGGACUGGUAGUCUUGUCCUUGUCCGUGGUCCUUAUAAAAAUAGUAGUGCAAAUAGGUAUAUACACAGGACACUAGACUGCCUAUGUUUUGACUUUUGUCUUAAUUCCUAACACCAUAUCCAUAAGGGAAACUGAUAUUUUUAGACCUAAAUGUACUGCCAACCCACACAGACCUCCAAUUACACCAUCUUUUUCCAUCAGCAAACUUUAUCAUAAAAAAAAUGCAUUAGGAAGGUGCAAAAUAAUUUUCAUUUAAGAAGAAUGCCCCUUAUCCUCAGCUGCUGUUAAGUUUCAUGUCCCUUACAAGUCUUUGUCAUAUAUUUUUUUAAAACUCAGAAAGACACAGAUACACAUUUGGGCCUUAUGAGGAAGGAAAUCAUCAACCGUGGUUUACAGUGAAAUUGUUAGUUCAUAGCAUUCUGUCUCACCUGAAUCCCAUUCAUUGACCUUUAAUAUACCCAUUAAAAAUAUUUUAAAAUGUUAUUGUUAUAUUUUUAUAGACAAUAGAGAAAUCUAUCUGUACUCAGAAUACCUUUAUGUAGACACUUACCCAACUACUUUUUUCCCCCUCCCCCUUCAAAUGAGGCUAUUGUAUCACUGGCUUAAACCAUGAAUUAAAGUGUACAAAGGUGUGAACUUUGUAUUCUCUGACAACAUGUGCCACCUUAUAGUUCUGUCUAUUUUUGAAUGGAUUAAAUAAAAAAAAAAGAUAUAUAUGAACUAAUCACAAAAAAAAAAAGUGAGAGCUCCCUGGUCAGUCCUUUCAACUUGUCAUUUUUUUUUUUUUUUUUAGGACUUCAAAACUUCUAUUUCAAAGGUGUAUUAGAAAAUGGUACUGCUUAGUUGCUUGGCAUGCAGGAAUCCACAAGCACUUUGACAAUAGAAGCGGUGCAGAAAAAGAAUCAAUUUCAAUCACAGGGCCAAGAUGGAGCAUGGGAUCUGAUGGCAAUGACCUUGAGGCAGGCUCACAAAAAUAGAUUCUGUCUUACCAAAAAGCAGAAAUCUGAGAGUGACAGUUCUCCCUGCCUUGAUGGUUCAAGAGCUCUGGGCCUUUGAAAACUUUUAUGGACUUAAGAAGUACAGAAGUUAGGAGGAGGGUUUGUUUGUGUGUUUUUAAUAGCAAAUCUGGAAUCAUUAUUGUAGGAGGUUGAGAGCAUUGAAUACAAUGUUCUUAAUUCUACAAAAGUGAGCACAGAAAGAUUGAUUUCUUUAGUGACACACAUUUUGAAAUGCCCAAGGAUUAAGACUAUAAAAGAAGGAUAAUAAUAACAUACCUUUGCAACCAAAAGUCAGAGACUGAAAUGAAAUAAAUUCUGUGUCUAUUUGGCGACUGCCUCACACCCAUGGCUUAGUGAGCGUAGUACAACUUGUAUUUAAAAAAAAAAAGACAGGGGGGAGGAGGAGAAGAAGAUUGUGGGGGUGGAAAUCACAUGCACUGUACUGGUUAAAAAUAAGUAGAGACAGCAAGUGCUUUCAUCGCAGGGAGCGAGGUCUGGCAAUUGCUCAUGUGGUGUGCAGUAGCACCAAAAUAGAAAUAUAGCUGCAUCAUUCACAGUUGCUUGUUGUGUGUUGCAUGCAUUAUAUCCCAAAGAUAAAAUAAGGUAGGUUGUUAACUAUUUUCAAGACAGAAGGAGCCUUGUUUACUAUUCUUUCCUCUACUGCUGUCAGGCUAUUAGUGUGUAGGCAGCAGGAAGACAGACCACUCUGACCUUUUCAAUGCAAAGUUUAAUUAAAGAUUGUGCAUAGUGAGAGUGUGACAUUUCAGGUCUUGCAGUGUAGAUCACUGGAUGAAAUUAAAAUGAUCACUCCAAUCUCUCUUAGUUAUUCCCAUCUCUCCACUUAUAUUUUGCUGAAUGCUGCAUUUGAAGUAAAAGAAUAAAUCCAAUUUUAUGGAAAAAACUAUAUCCGUUUACCCAUUUUCUAAAAGUGAAUAAAAGCUACAAUUCAUUUUAAAAACACAUGAAAUGAUUUCUCUGGUGACAUCUUUGCCUGGGAGAUGAGAUGACCCAGUUGUUUGUGAUUGGCUGAAACAAACCAAGCGCUCUACUAUAUUGCCCUAUAACCCCUUCUUUGGUUUAAUAUAUUUUGACACUGUAAUAAGCAUGAGUCAUUACACUACUAUGAGUUG